AUGUCUUCCUUACCAGUACAAUUACUUUUAGAUGAUGCCAUCAGCACAACAGCUACUGUCACACCUUCCUUAACUGAUUUACACAUUGCCACAGAUGCACGCAAGAAUGAUAACAGUGUUACCCUCGCGGGCGAUUCCAUCUUAACUAUUAGCACAUCAUUGACUUCUGGCAUAGUAGCUGCUAGUGAAUCAUCACAAUUGAAUAAUGCCACUGGUACAUUUUCUGCACUUUCUGACGUAGGGACAUUAACUCUUGCUUCAUCCUCGUCUGGUUCCUCAGUUGCCACAGCUUCAGAAAGUGCCAAUGCAGCAGAUAAUAAUGUUGAUAUGAGAAAAGCCAAAUUCGGUAUAAUAUUGUCUGGAUUGACUAUUUUAUCCUUUGUAUGCACAAUAUAG